AUGUCAGGCCACAUCGUGUAUGAUGGAGUGCCGCGCACGCACAAUGACGACGAUGACAAUCAACCUCGCGCGACUCUGUUCGCGGGCCAAAGACUAUGGUUCUCUCACGUCAUCCCUCAGCGGCGGCAGAUGAUUCAGAAUGCUCGAAUGAAUGGCGCCGUCAUUGUUGAUAGAGACACCGACGCCGAUGUCAGACUGGUCGACCACCUCAGGAAGAAUAAUGCGCCAGGAACAUACUCGUACAGAUACGUCGAGCUCUCCCUCCGCAAUGGCCAACUUGAGAAUCUCGCCGAUCAUGCUGUCGGAGCACCUUCCCGCGUCUCCCGACCUGUUGGCAGUGCUGUCACAGGCCCCAAGGCGGGAAGGACGCCUUUCACUCCGGAGGACGAUAAGUUCUUGUGGGAUUGGAUCAAACCGUUCAUUGACCGCGGCGGAGCCUGGAAGGGAAAUGAGAUUUACAAGCAGAUGGAAGAGGCGAAUCCGCGACAUACGUUCCAGAGUUGGCGCGAUAGAUGGAUUAAACAUACUCAAUUCCAGAAGAGACAGGUCAGCGCCACUGCUGCUGCUAGAGAGCCUAGCGUCGACGAACCGGCAGCGCCACCGUCGCAUUCUUCGCAAAAGAAGCGUCGACGGGAAUUGCACGAUGACGGGGAGGAGGAACGAGUCAGACCUGAGGUUGAAACGAGUCGGUCUACGACAGUUGCGGCUGGCAGAGUUGUAGACAAGCUGCCUGAGGUUGCUGCUGCAGACCACGAAGCAAGCCACACAGCGUCAACUGUUCCUGAGAGAUCCUACCAAGUUGAUGGUGUGCACGAAAAUGGCAAAAAGGCACAAUCUUCGAAGAGUCUCCUGCCUGCAAGGCCCAAAUCAUUCACCAAAGAGGAAUACGAUGAGCUUUAUGAGCUCGUUGCAACGUUGGCCGGCGACGAAUUUGAUGAUUUUGACACGCCAUGGGAGGUGUUUGCCGAGGAGCGCGGUACCCAUUCGGCAGCAGAAUGGAAGCAGUUCUUUAUGUCAAGGGUUAUUCCUGACUAUUGCAAGAAGAACAGCUUGACCUUGUCGGAAGCUGCUCCUUAUUUGUAUGGGAAAGCUGAUGAACAAGCUGUCAAUACAUGUGAACCGCUCAAUCCCCUGGAACACGAUCAAGCAACACCUGCCACUUCUGAGACCGAAGAAGAAUACCGAUGUACAAAUUGCUUUACAGUCGAAGCUGUCAAAUGGCGACAUGAUAUAGAAGGCAAACUGAUUUGCUAUGAAUGUGCGAAAUUUGUGAGACGACAUGGCUAUCAUAGGCCGUCGACUUGGUCAAUCGGCGAAAGCGCUGCGAACACAGACGGAAACGGACAAUCUCGAACAAGUUCAAGGCGACUCCCAAGUUCAGAUGCUCAGAACGAUUCUAUCCCCCAAGCCAUUCUUCCCCAAGACUCCAGUCUUGCAGAUGGCAGAAAACAAAAUCUCUUGUUAGCCACAGAAGACAACGCCAGCCCUCCAGCGCCUCCCUCAAUUCAACCGGAAUCUUCCUCCACAAGUCGCCCACCUGUACCUAACGAGUCAAGGAAGAGGCUUGCUGGAAGAGGUACACAGUCACAGUCUACGCAGGAGUUGAGCCAAUCCGGCACUCAGAGUCAGACUCUGCACUACAGUCUUCAAGGUGAAAGUUCGAGCCAAACGAUACCGUCGCAAGAUCUGGCAGCAGAGAUCGGAGAGACUCAGUCAACGGAGAGCGACUCGCAAGUACAGCAGUCAUCACUGGCUGAGAGAGACUCAUCUAUAAAAGCCACUGCGGCGCUCGCACUUUCUCCAAAAUGGAAAGGGAAGCAGCCGCAAAGAGGACCGGGAGACACAAGUGUCCAGCAACGCCCUUCAAGCGGCACUACAAAUACGGUACACGGGUCAUCACGCCUCCAUUCCAGGACAGACUCAAAACGGGACGAUGAGCUCUUACAUUCUACCACUCCAUAUGACCCUUCGAAGCGGGUACGAACUGAUCGUAACUACUCGCCCCUCUUUGUCCCACAACAUGACGACAACGAUGAGGAGCACGAACAGAAGGAGGACUUAGAGUUGGCUCGGGAAACAGAUUCCAGCAGCUCCGUCCCCUCAAUUCACCACCAGGCGUCUGACCAGUUCGAAACCGCCCAGGAGUCCGUCCAGGAAUACGAGACAGGACCGGAAGAACAACCUCUGACAUACAAAAGGGCCUUCAAAAAAUUGUCCAAGAUCCUUCAAGACGUCAAUGCCGAGUUUGACAUGGCCCUCAAUGACCUGGGGAUUCCAGACAGGCCCGACGUAGGUCGUGUUGGUGUUUCUGUGAUGCCGCACGACGAAAUCAGCAAUGAGGAUGUCCCCAUGCUCAAAGGAAUAAGUCAAUUCGUCCAUACGCAAAACUCCCCGAAAGUCCAAACCGACGUGGAAAGCCACAGCUUUCUUGAACCUCCCGCCACGCUCUUUCGAUCGUCACGUGGCUCUGGAGACUUGUCGAAACCCUCGGAAAAUGCCAAGGGGAAAGAGAAAGAAGAUGAAGAACAGAGGAUAGAGCAAGAGGAAACCGAAGAAAGCUCCUCGCCCAAACCUGACGGUCACGAGACAGACGAAUGGAUUGCUCUUCAGCGAAGCCUGCACCCACAUGUCCCGAAUCUGGAACCUAUGCUCUUCAAGGCCAUCGAGUCUACCAGUUUCAAUUUUGGACUUGCAAGCGAGGUCGUGGAUAUCAUGCUAGCAAGUCGUCGUCGUGUUUUGGAGAAGCAGCGGAGGCAGAGCCGAAUGAGCGGCGGUGUCGGCGUCGGAACGUCGUCUGCUGUUCUAGCAGAAGAAGCUGAUUUGGAUAUGGAGAGUCUCCUUCCACAGGCUAUGCGAGGCGUCUGGACCGAGACGGACGACUCUCUCCUUCUCAGUCCAGACGCAAAUGACGUGAACAAGGUGUUGGGGAAACAUGGGCGGGAUGCAUGUGAUGCUCGUUUCGUGUUUUUGAGGGAGUUUGUGGAGGAGUGA